AUGGCCGACGCAUCGACGAAAACAAACGCAGCAAAGCCGAUGAAAAGAGUGGAAGCCGAAACCAGCAACACCAGUACUCUACUUCGCGACAAAUGUGGCAGGGCCUUCGUUCGCUGUCAAGGAUGCAACAAGAGCGUAGCUGUAGCGCUUAUAAGCAUGCACAGUUGCAGUCUCGACGCCCAGAUUAGCGUGAAUCUGGGUAAAUCAUCUCCUUCGUGUACUGUGGUUAAGAGAACGAUAUUCACAAAGGGCUCUGCCUCAAACAAGCCUACGCGACCUCCUACUGCUUUCGUCAUUUUCAUGAAUGAGUUCCGUAAAAAUUUCAGGGCAGAGAAUCUUUUUCCAGGUUGUAACGUUAAGGAUGUUCCAAAGCAGGGUGCUGAAAAGUGGAAGUCUAUGACUGAGGAAGAGAAGAAGCCUUAUUUGGAUAAAGCUGCUGAGCUAAAAGCAGAAUAUAACAAGUCACUAGAGAGCAAUGAUGCGAAUGAUGAAAAGGAUAAGGAGAAGAAAACCGAUGAUGCUGAGGAGAAGCAAGAUGAUGAUGCUGUUGAGGCUAAAGAGAAGGAGGUUGAGAACAAAUAA